AUGUGUCAUGGUCAUUUAAAGAUAGACUUUGACACUCAACGUAACAAUUGCUUCUAUAUUGGAGGACCGAACGGAAGUGGAAAAAGUGCACUUUUUGCUUCUAUGAAUAUUGGUCUGGGUGGUCGAGGAAACAGUAACGAUCGUGGAAAUUCUGUAAAAACGUAUAUCAAAGAUGGCAGGAGUAAAGCCAGGAUCCGCCUGGUUCUCACUAAUCGAGGAUUGUCUAGUCAUCCAGACUAUGGAAAAUUUGUGGUUGUAGAGCGUACGAUUACCACGUCUUGUUCGACUUAUGUUCUCAAAAGUAUAGUUGGUACUGAUGGGAACGAGACUGAAGUGGUAGUUUCGAAAAAGAAGGCCGAUUUGGAUCAGUUGCUAAUGCGAUACGGCAUACAAAUCAAUAAUCCCAUAUUCUGGAUGACUCAAGACAGGUCUCGUCAUUUUUUGCAUCAGAUGAAGCCAGAGAGGUUAUUUCAGGUAAUUAUAUAUAUGUAUAGGUUUGGGGAGAGUGUGCCAAAAAUUUUGGAGGUGUUGGAAGCGAACGCUGACAAAUUUGAGUAUUCACCUCGUGGACCUAUAGGUUUGUCAGAUUACAUUGCUGUUAUCUUAUUCAUUUGCUCUUCGUAUUUUGUUAGAAUAGCUCUCUUGUUCAUAAAAGUGGUUUCUAACCUUGCUUUUUUCGUGUAUUUUAAAAAGACUUCAGGACUUUCUGGUGGUGAACGUUCAUUUACGACGGCUUGUUUCAUUAUGGCAUUAUGGGAGAUAAUGGAGGCUCCAUUCAGAUGUAUGGAUGAAUUUGACGUAUUUAUGGAUAUGAUUAACAGACGAGUUGUUAUGGAUCUUUUGGUGAAGUUGGCCACGGAACAAUACUCGCACAAUCAGUUUAUCUUUUUUACGCCACAAGGAAUAAAAGAGCUAGGUGAACGAGAGCAGGUUCAGGUGUUUGAAAUGCCGAAAGUUCGUCAGUAG